AAAGUAUGGUGCUUUUGAGGGGUAAUUAAAUUAUACACCGCAAAUUAUUAAGGAUUUAUAGAAAAUUUCGAUUUCGUUAAAAUUUUAUAUAGUGUAGAUAAAUUACAGUUCAGUAUGCCUGAAAUUUUAUCGUUGCAUAUUGGGCAAGCUGGCCUCCAAAUUGGCAACGCAUGUUGGGAAUUAUUUUGCUUAGAACAUGGAAUCAAUCCAAAUGGGCAGCUACAAACCGAAACGGCUUAUAAUGAUGAUAAUUUUAAAGCAUUUUUUACGGAAUCUGCAUCUGGAAUGUUUGUUCCACGAGCUGUUUUUGUUGAUCUAGAGCCUACAGUGAUAGACGAGAUUCGUGUUGGACCAUACAAAAGACUGUAUAGUCCCGAUCAAUUAAUUUCGGGUAAAGAAGAUGCUGCUAAUAAUUAUGCACGUGGACAUUACACGGUGGGUAAAAGUGUAUGCCAUGCUGUGGUCGAUAGAAUUCGACAUGCCGCCGAUAAUUGUGAAGCUCUACAAGGAUUUCUAAUAUUCCAUUGUUUUGGUGGUGGAACAGGUUCUGGAUUUACAUCUUUAUUAAUGGAGCACCUAACUCGUGAUUAUGGGAAAAAAAUUUCAAAACUAGAAGUAUCUGUUUAUCCUGCUCCAUCUGUAUCCACAGCUGUAGUUGAACCAUAUAAUUCCAUAUUAAAUACGCAUGCUACUAUGGAACAUGGAGAUUGUUCAUUUUUGGUUGAUAAUGAAGCGAUUUAUGAUAUUUGUCGUAAAAAUUUAGAUAUUGAACGCCCAACUUAUUUAAAUUUAAAUCGAUUAAUUGCCCAAGUAGUCUCUGCCAUAACUGCUUCGUUACGAUUUGAUGGUGCAUUAAAAGUCGAUUGUUCCGAUUUCCAAACAAAUUUAGUGCCAUAUCCUCGAAUACAUUAUCCAUUGGUUACGUACGCACCGAUUGUUUCAUGUGAAAAAGCUUAUCAUGAGCUAAAUACAUGUACGGAUAUCACGAGUGCAUGCUUUGAGCCGACCAAUCAAAUGGUAAAAUGUGAUACAAAACUUGGAAAAUAUAUGGCUUGUUGUAUGCUGUAUCGUGGCGAUGUCACACCAAAAGAUGUUAAUUCAGCCAUAGCGUUAAUUAAAUCCAAACGUUCCAUACAAUUCGUAGAUUGGUGCCCUACAGGCUUCAAGGUUGGGUUAAAUUUUCAACCACCCACUGUAGUUCCUGGAGGUGAUCUUGCUCGUGUUCAACGUGCGUUAUGUAUGAUGGCAAAUACAACAGCUAUAGCGGAAGCUUGGGCGCGAUUAGACUACAAAUUUGAUUUGAUGUAUGCCAAACGUGCGUUUAUACAUUGGUAUGUAGGCGAAGGUAUGGAAGAAGGUGAAUUCUCCGAUGCUCGAGAAGAUUUAGCUACGUUGGAAAAAGAUUAUGAUGAAGUUGGACAAGAUACUAAAGUUGACGAACUAGAAGAAAACCUGGAUCAACUUUAAAUUGUGAAAUAAAUU